UGGUGCUUUGACAUCUUGUCUCCAUGGCAGUGCUCAGCUGGCAGGGCUGAUCAGAGAGGCCUAUUCAUUAACUCGGAGCCCGGGCCAGCGCGGCCACGCUGGUGCCGCAGUGGACUGAGCAGCUGCCGGGGCAGGCAGUGAGCAGGCAAAAUGGAUCUCACUCUCCUCUUGGCAGCAAUCCUGGGGCUCCUUAUUGUCAAGGCCGUUUUGUUUCAGCUGAGAAACCCGAGCUGCCCUCCUUGCAUCAGGAGCUGGAUCCCUUGGUUUGGAGCCGCGUUUCAGUUCGGGAAAGCUCCUCUGGAGUUUAUAGAGCAAGCUAGGAACAAGUAUGGACCCGUGUUCACAAUAUUUGCUCUGGGAAAACGAUUUACUUUUGUGACUGAGGAAGAAGGAACUGAAGCAUUUUUUAAAUCUGAAGACCUAAACUUCGAACAGGCAGUACAACAAGCUGUCAAGAAUGCAGUUUCUGUCCCUGCAGAAGCAUUUUAUCAGAAUCACGGUAACCUGUACAGCAUGAUGAAGGGGAAAAUGAGUCCUUCCAAUCUGCACAUGUUCACGGGCACUUUGUGUAAGGAGCUACAUGAGCACAUGGCUCAGCUGGGCAUGGAGGGCACAGGCGACCUCAAUGACCUGGUAAGGCAUGUCAUGUAUCCAGCAGUGGUGAACACCUUGUUUGGGAAAGGCAUCUGCCCAACAAGUCAGAGCAAAAUCAAGGAGUUUGAAGAACAUUUUCAGAAGUACGAUGAGGACUUUGAAUACGCUUCUCAGAUGCCUGAGUGCUUCCUGAGGAACUGGUCUAAAUCCAAAAAAUGGCUUCUAAAAUUAUUUGAGAAAGUAGUGUUGGAUGCUGAAAGGACCAACCCUUCAGACACCACAUCCAAGACACUACUGCAACAUCUUCUGGACAACUUGCAAGGAAAACAUUUAGCUCCCAAUUAUGGUCUCCUCAUGCUCUGGGCUGCCCAAGCAAAUGCUGUCCCCGUUGCAUUUUGGACCAUUGCUUUCAUACUGUCUCAUCCUUCCAUUUACAAGAAAGUCAUGGAAGACCUGGCUUCUGUUUUUGGGAAAGCAGGUAAAGAUAAACUGGAAGUGUCUGAAGAGGAUCUGAAGAAGCUCCCUUUUAUUAAAUGGUGCACUUUGGAAGCCAUACGGCUGAGGUCUCCAGGUGCAAUCACCAAGAAAGUAAUAAACCCAAUUAAAAUUAAGAAUUUCACCAUCCCUGCAGGUGACAUGCUGAUGUUGUCGCCCUAUUGGUUGCACCGGAAUCCAAAAUAUUUUCCAGACCCAGAAAUGUUCAAACCUGAUCGUUGGAAAGAGGCAAAUUUAGAGAAGAAUGCUUUCUUGGACAGCUUUGUGGCAUUUGGAGGAGGGAAGCAUCAGUGUCCAGGAAGGUGGUUUGCGAUCAUGGAAAUCCAGUUGUUUGUUGUUCUGUUCCUGUACAAGUAUGAAUUUGUGGCAUUGGAUGCAGUACCAAGGGAGAGCCCUUUACACUUGGUGGGGACACAGCAACCCAUGGCACCGUUCCGGGUCCAGUAUAAAUGCCGGGAAUAAAAGCUGCCCAGCACUAACUUUCCUUUGCCACCCUCCCCCCCGAUGGAUGAACCACUGAGCUGCUUCCCUAUCCUACACCUUCAGAUAAGUUCUCUGCCUGAAGAGUUCUUAAUUUCAACUUUCAAUUCUGCACAUACUCAAUAUUCACAUAUUCAAUGCUGAACUGUGCUCUGGCAUACCAGAAUAGUUGUACCUGUGCUCUGCACCUGGUUGCCCAUGUCUUAGUGCUUAAAAUCCAAGCUCUCCUGCUGCAUUCAUGCUUUGGGGGGCAGUUAUUCACAGAUUUUGCAAAUCUGAUAUGCUAAGCUUGCCAACCAAACAUUCAAGACAAAAAGCUGCAGUUGUUUGGAAAUCCUGCGUGGAAGCUGUGCUAGAACCAGCUAGAAUGUGCAGGUUGCUUCAAACCAAGGCCAAAGUGGUGCCUCAUGUUAAGAAAUCAGAUUGGUAACACUGUACAUCUCCCUGGUGUGUACAAUAUCCAGUGCACACAAUAUCCACACAAUAUCCAGUGCACAGUCUGAGCAGAGACCACCGGAUCAGAUCCACAGCCUGAUAAAGUAUCAUGACUUCUGUGCCACUGCCUCUGUGGGUAGGUGAAGGUCUGGCCUGCUCUGCCUGCAACAGGUGCCAAAUUUUUGCAAAUAAAAUGCAUUUGUAAUGGAAAAAUUGCAAGCACUUGGGGUCUUGUUCCAUCGGAGCCCCUAAAAUUUCUACUGAGUAUUACCUGUUCCACAGGAUUCAGGAUCGGUCCUUGCAUGAAUAUACGAUGAAAGUUUGACUGGGAUCUUCAGCUCCCAAUAAAAAGUGAUUGCAAGAAAAGACUGGUUGUCUAAUAUCUAGAACACUUUUGCUUUCCCUUUCACAUGACUUAUAGAACAAAUUGCACAAAUCUAAGAAUAUUCAAUCCUAUAAAGAAUACCUAGUAAAAGUUGUUUGAUGGAGCUGUCAAGUAAGCUCAGAUAACACUUUCACUGCUGUCAGAUUUCAUAUACAGUAAUAGCUGGCAUGUAUUUUUAGUCUUUUAAGUAAAGAUUAUUCAUCAUUUUAAAAGUAUUUGCAAAAAAAAAAAAAUCCCACACAAAUAGACUUUCAACAACAGUAAAACUAUGGGAAUAACAAGCAUAGGAAAAUAACACAUUGUAUAAUUCAUUACGUGGUUGGCUUACCUUCAUUAUGGAUAGAACAACUUCAAUGAUUUAUAUGGUUGGAAAAUGAUUCAUCCAACUUCUAAUUUAGCUCAUUAUAGUCAACUCUGCAAGAGUUGCACUCUUAACUGCUGUUUCAGUGUCUCUUCCAAAACUGAAAUCUAUUCCCUUGGUUUUCAUGCAUGGUAUUACUUAGAAGUGUAUAUUUUAAUUUUAAAAUUUGGCAAUCACUGCAAUAUCUGUAAGGCCAGGUGGGACAGGGCUUUGAGCAACCUGGUUUAGUGGAAGGUGUUCCUGCUCAUGGCACGGGGUUGAAAUCAGAUAAUCUUUUUAAGGUCAUUUCCAACCCAAACCAUUCUGUGAUUCUAUGGUUUUAUGUGUUUUCCAGUUUUGCAAAGUUUUUUUUUUCCCAAAUGCGCAUUGCUUUUUAUUUUU